GCAAAUUCUUUUAACCAGUGCAAUUUUAGAUUAGGCCUAACUUAUAUUAAACACGGCAAUGAACGCUAAUUCGUCACCGACAUGCCGCAUAUCCCCUGCGUUCCUUCCCCAACACGAAUCUUAUGGUAGCGGCGACUACUUCCCGCCCCCUACGUGCUCAUGCAAUGGCGCGCACUCGUUCCAGUACAAUUAAACCCUAGCGCUCGCCGCGUCCCCGUCCAUGCCCAUUCUCUCCCCCUACCUCUCCCUCAUCUCCCGAAACCCUAGUUUCCCCAAUCUCUUCUUCCUCUCGGCCUCCGCUCGCCUCGCUCCGCUCUCCCCGCGCCCUCCAAUGGCGCCGCCCAAAUUCUCCGUGGAGUACGCGAAAUCGGGGCGAUCGUCGUGCAAGAGCUGCGGCAAGGCCAUUGCCGCGGGCGCCGUGAGGCUCGGCUCCCCUGACCCCCGAUGGAUCGAUGCGCUCAAAUGGUUGGGUGAUCGAUUGAUCUCUCUUGGUAAAUGCACGAUCUUCACUGCUUUUUUAAGUUCUAAGGUUAUUGAUUUGUAUUGGAGGAUUCAGAAAUCUGAUCAGGAAGCGCUAAGGAAGCUAGAAGCUGGUGCGAUAGCAGACGAGACUAGCAAGGUUCGUAAGCGAGAUAGCAUUGUUGCUGAUGAAUCUGAGGAAUUGAGUCCAAGUAAAGGAAAGGUCCAUAGAGUGGAUAGAGCUGAGAGUAAGGAUCUUAAAGGAAAAGGCACAGAGGAAGCAAAGAUUUCUGGAGAUCCCAAAAGAAAUGGCUUGGGGCUGGUGUUUUCUGCCUCCGAAAUAAAAGAUAAGUACAAGGAAGCUAUCCUUUCACCAAAUUGGAAGGCUUUCAAGACGGUGAUUUUCCGCGAGCGGGAAGAGGGUCUUCUUGAUUCAGCCAAAAUUGCAGCAUUUGAUUUUGAUGGGUGUCUUGCAAAUACCUCUGUGAAAAGACAUGGUGCAGAUGCCUGGUCGCUUCUGUAUCCAUCGAUUCCAGAGAAGCUGCAAGGACUAUAUGAAAGUGGCUUCAAGCUGGUUAUCUUUACCAAUGAAUCAAACAUUGAGCGCUGGAAGAAUAAGCGACAGCAAGCUGUUGAUUCCAAAAUAGGGCGGCUUGACAGUUUUAUAAAGUGUGUUAAUGUCCCAAUGCAGGUAUUUAUAGCUUGUGGUUUGGGUGAAAGCAAAUAUCAAGCUUGUGAUCCAUUCCGGAAACCCAAACCUGGAAUGUGGAGACUGAUGGAAGAACAUUUCAAUUCGGGGAUUGGAAUUGACUUGGAACAGUUAGAUCUUUUUAUGUUGGUGAUGCUGCUGGGAGAGCCAAUGACCAUAGUGAUGCAGAUAUAAAAUUUGCUGAGGUGAUUGGCUUGAAGUUCCAUGUUCCAGAAGAUUUUUUCAGCGCCUAGCUUUUUUCGUCCGUCGUCAUCCUUAAACUUCGUUCGUGUUCCUUUCAAGCUAAUGCCAGCGAUAAGUUUUUGGAAGAUGGAUUUAUGAACAGUUCCUCGAUUUUCAAUCCUAGGAUAUAACUGUAGUUACCGUGUUUCUCCAUUUAGAUGUUCGCGAGGAAGUAGCCUUGUGUAUAUGCUUAGAAAUGCUGUUUUCUUAAAUCCAUCCUUCAGGUUCAGCAAACUUCAUGACCAUGCAGUAAGCAUGAUGAGAUUGAAAAGAAUUACAAAGAUGGUUAUUAUCAGUUCUACCUUUUUAGAGUAUUUA